GCCGUGGACGGUGGGGCGGCGGCUGGCGAGGCGCCGGCGCCCCGCGGCGUCCGGAUGCCGAGGCUCGGCGGGCGGGCGCUCUGGCUGGGCCUGGCGGCGGCGGCGGCGGCGGCGGCGGCGGCGCGGUGGCUGGGCUGGUGGGGCGGCCGCGCCGGCCCUCGCCUGUUCGUCCCCGAGGAGCUGGCCCGCUACCGCGGCGGCGCCGGCGACCCGGGCCUCUACCUGGCGUUGCUCGGCCGCGUCUACGACGUGUCCCCCGGCCGGAGGCACUACGAGCCCGGGGCCCACUAUAGCGGCUUCGCAGGCCGGGAUGCGUCUAGGGCGUUUGUGACAGGGGACCGCUCUGCAGCAGGCCUGGUGGAUGAUGUAUCCGACCUGUCGUUUUCAGAGAUGCUGACACUUCAAAACUGGCUUUCGUUCUACGAGAAGAAUUACGAGUUCGUUGGAAGGGUGAUCGGAAGGUUCUACGGAGCAGACGGCCUCCCGACCCCAGAACUGACCCGGGUAGAAGCCAUGGUCACCCAGGGCGCGGAGGCAGGCAGGCGGGCCCUGGAGGAGAAGCGGAAGUUCCCGCCGUGCAACGCCGAGUGGAGCUCCAGCAGGGGCAGCCGGCUGUGGUGCUCCCCAGAGAGUGGAGGAGUGAGCAGAGACUGGACCGGUGUCCCCAGGAAGCUGUAUAAGCCAGGGGCCACGGAGCCCCACUGUGUGUGCGUGAGAACCACCGGACCCCCCAGCGACCAGGCCCAGGGCCUCCCCGCGCACACAAACCGCGGGGACUUGGAUCACCCCAACUUGGGGGAGUACGCAGGCUGUCCCCCGCUGGCCGUCACCUGCUCCUUCCCACCGCGAUAACCACCGACGGCCCUGCCUGACGCACGCACUCGUGGCGCCCGCCCACGCCCUCCUGUGCCUGAGAUGGGAGCGUGGGUGGCCGCCUGCCCGUGGCCACUUGUCCCCCAGACCUGCCUGCCCCCUUCGUCAGAGCCCUCAGGGGUCAACCAACCCCCAGACUGACGGGACGGCCAGGCACCAGGCUCUGGGCUCCAGCAGCAUCCGGCACUGGCAGACACGCCCGGAGAAGCCACGUCAGUUAACACGUCAGCGUAAGUCCCAGGUUCCUCGCUGGCCGAGCUUGUGACCCCUGACCCUUACCACCUUUCGUAUGUCUGAGACCCCUGCCCAGAGCCACAGCCCCCAGUAGUUGGUCUGAGCAGAGCCAGGACCGUGAGAGACGACAGUAAAACCACGGAGGCUGGUUCUGGAA